CAAAACGAAAAAAAGAAAAGAAAAAGAGAAAAGGGAAAGGCAAAGGGGAAAAAUAGAAUACCGGACGAGAGAGAUCGGAGAGAGAGGGUAGCGGAGAGAACGACUGUCACCGCCGCGUCGCGGCAGAAGGGAGAAGAGAUUGCGCAGACAGGGACUGCGGGACGCUUGUUCAGACGCCUUCAUCGCCCGCCGUUGCUUUUUCCGGUCGCCUUCGUUUUCGUCCGCCGGCGCUCAAUCGUCGUUUAGGGGGAAAUCGAGAGGAGAAGAGUCGGGGAGAGGCAUUUCCGCCACUGUUUCUUCGUCGUUGCCGCCACCGAAUUCAUCGUCUCCACACCGUUUCUUUCGCUAAUCGACGAACAGCUGCGACUCCAAGAGAGAGAGAGAGGGAGAGAGAGAGUCCUAAAGAAACUGUAACGCUGUUGAAGCUCCCGAAAGCAGCUGAAUCUUUCCACCACGUCUGUUUCCUAUCAGCUCUAGGAACAUGGAUGGAUCUACUCAUCGAGGCAGUAGUAAUGUGGAUAUGUUCUUAUCCAAUUACAAGCUUGGUAAAACUCUUGGAAUCGGUUCCUUUGGUAAGGUGAAAAUUGCGGAGCAUGCAUUGACUGGGCACAAAGUUGCCAUCAAGAUACUUAAUCGCCGCAAGAUUAAAAAUAUGGAGAUGGAAGAGAAAGUGAGAAGAGAAAUCAAAAUCUUGAGAUUAUUUAUGCAUCCCCAUAUCAUUCGUCUAUAUGAGGUUAUUGAAACACCGACUGAUAUAUACGUUGUUAUGGAGUAUGUUAAAUCUGGGGAACUGUUUGAUUAUAUUGUGGAGAAAGGAAGGUUACAGGAAGAUGAGGCGCGCAACUUUUUCCAGCAGGUAGAAUUGCCUAUAAUUUCUGGUGUGGAAUACUGCCACAGGAAUAUGGUUGUUCACAGAGACCUUAAGCCUGAGAAUUUGCUACUGGAUUCUAAAUGCAAUGUCAAGAUUGCUGAUUUUGGGCUGAGCAAUAUAAUGAGAGAUGGCCACUUUCUGAAGACAAGCUGUGGAAGCCCAAACUAUGCAGCCCCAGAGGUCAUCUCUGGGAAAUUGUAUGCUGGCCCUGAAGUGGACGUGUGGAGUUGUGGUGUUAUAUUGUAUGCUCUUCUUUGUGGUACUCUUCCAUUUGAUGAUGAAAACAUUCCCAAUCUUUUUAAGAAAAUAAAGGGAGGGAUCUACACUCUUCCUAGUCAUUUAUCACCUGGCGCAAGAGAUCUUAUCCCUAGGAUGCUAGUGGUUGAUCCGAUGAAGCGAAUGACUAUUCCUGAAAUUCGUCAGCACCCGUGGUUCCAAGCUCGUCUCCCACGUUAUUUGGCUGUCCCUCCACCAGAUACCAUGCAACAAGCUAAAAAGAUUGAUGAGGAGAUCCUACAGGAAGUAAUUAAAAUGGGAUUUGACAGAAACCAACUUGUUGAAUCUCUUCGCAGCAGAAUACAAAAUGAGGGUACUGUGGCGUACUAUUUGCUAUUGGAUAACAGGUUCCGAGUUUCUAAUGGAUAUCUUGGAGCAGAGUUUCAAGAGACCAUGGAAAUUGGUUACAACCGUAUGCAUCCUAGUGAACCUGUUUCUCCAUCUGUUGGGCAUCGCCCUGCUGGGUAUAUGGACUAUCAAGGGAUGGGCUUGAGGUCGCAAUAUCCUGUUGACAGGAAAUGGGCACUUGGACUUCAGUCUCGAGCCCAUCCACGUGAAAUAAUGACGGAAGUUCUCAAAGCUUUGCAAGAACUGAACGUCGGCUGGAAGAAGAUUGGUCACUACAACAUGAAGUGCCGGUGGAUCCCUGGUAGCCCCGGACACCAUGAAGGCAUGCUAAAUGAUUCUGGGCCCAACAAUCACUUCUUUGGGGAUGAAUCUUCCAUCAUCGAGAACGACGGAGCUACCAAAGCACCAAACGUUGUGAAAUUCGAAGUCCAGCUGUACAAAACACGGGAGGAAAAAUACCUGCUGGAUCUGCAGAGAGUACAGGGACCGCAGUUCCUGUUCUUGGACCUCUGUGCUGCUUUCCUCGCGCAGCUCCGCGUGCUUUAGCUUGCUUCGAGAAACAAAAAUGAAAGAAGGCGGGGUUUCUUUUCUUCCGACGACCUGCCAACCAAAGGGGAUGGAUGUCUGUGUUUUGCAUCGGCCGUGAUCAAGACUUGUCCGCCGAGUGAAAUGUGUAUUGUACAUAGCUCCUCACUUGGGUUUCCAGUCGUACCUAUGUUUCUUCUGCUUUUUAAGCUUCUUUUCCAUCAUCCCCAUUGGUAUUUUUUUCCUUCAUAUGGGUAACUUUCUGAGUAGUGAAGCCAACAGAUAUCGUCAACUCUCGUAGUUGGCCAAGAAGAACUAGGCACUCUGUCCUGAUUCCUUUUUAUAACAGACAGACUGUAGCAUUUGAUCUCUCCAUGCUAACUCAUUUGGAUAAUUACUGUGUCUUGAUGGACGAAAAGGUGAGACGUUAUCGUUGUAUGUCGUAUGCUUCGUUCUAAAAUACUAAUCUACCCGUCCAUCCCGAAAUCCAAAACAGGGUGUGUCCUCAUCGACCGAUAACAUGACAUUCAAUUGCAG